AAUGGGACCCAAGAAACAUCAGGCUCCCCCAAGCUCUGUACUCGAUCUUUUCCCACACUCCCAUGUGACUCUCUCACUGCAACUCUGCCACCCGGUUUUGGCUUCGCUUCCAAAUCCAGCAAGUAACCACCCAACUCUCUCUCACUUUUCUCUCUGUGAAAGUAGAGAGCUACCCAGAAGAGAUAGGAUAGGCUAGAGAGAGAUCAUCCAAUGCCCUCCUUUUGUUUCUUCAACUUGGCCAUCCUCGUCUGCUCAUUGCCUGCUGCUUUGGGUGCCGACCCGUACGUGUUCUAUGAUUGGACCGUCUCCUACAUCACUGCUGCUCCACUUGGAGUUAAGCAAAAGGUUAUUGGGAUUAAUGGAGAGUUUCCAGGACCGUUGCUUAAUGUGACUACAAAUUGGAAUGUUGUUGUCAAUGUGAAGAAUGACCUGGAUGAGCCAUUGCUUCUCACAUGGAAUGGAAUACAGCAUAGGAAAAACUGUUGGCAAGAUGGUGUUUCGGGGACUAAUUGUCCAAUUCAGGCUGGUUGGAAUUGGACAUAUGACUUUCAGGUUAAAGAUCAGAUAGGGAGUUUCUUUUAUUUCCCUUCCCUAAGCUUCCAGAGAGCUGCAGGUGGAUAUGGGGGAAUCAUCAUAAAUAACAGAGCUAUUAUUCCGCUACCUUUUGCGGUGCCAGAUGCAGAUGUUACUCUCUUUAUUACAGACUGGUAUACAAAGAGUCAUAAGGAACUACGGAAACAUGUUGAAAGUGGAACUAACCUAGGAAUUCCUGACGGCAUCCUCAUCAACGGAUUAGGUCCCUUUCGCUUUGAUGAGGCAAUUGUUCCAGACGGCUUUCCUUUCCUUACAAUAAAUGUUGAACCAGGAAAGACAUACCGCUUCCGGGUGCACAACGUUGGCAUCUCAACUAGCUUGAAUUUCAGGAUACAAAAUCAUAACUUACUCCUUGUGGAGACUGAAGGAUCGUACACGGUUCAGCAGAACUAUGCUAAUAUGGAUAUUCAUGUUGGUCAGUCAUUUUCAUUCUUGGUUACAAUGGAUCAAAAUGCCAGCAGUGAUUACUACGUUGUUGCCAGCCCUCGUUUUGUGAAUUCAUCUUCAUGGGCUAAAGCUACUGGAGUUGCCAUCUUACACUACUCCAAUUCUCAAGGACCUGCAUCAGGUCCUCUCCCUGAUCCUCCUAAUGAUUUCGACACAUAUUUCUCAAUGAAUCAAGCAAGAUCUAUAAGGUGGAAUGUCUCUGCUGGUGCUGCUCGUCCAAACCCACAAGGUUCUUUUAAAUAUGGUGAAAUUACCGUUACAGAUUUCUAUGUAAUCCUAAACAGACCUGCAGAGCUUAUAAAUGGGAAGUGGCGCACAACCCUCAAUGGUAUUUCAUAUUUCACACCUUCGACACCGCUUAAGCUCGCCCAGCAAUUCAACAUUUCAGGAGUUUACAAGCUUGACUUUCCAAAUAAACUGAUGAACAGACCGGCAAAACUUGACACAUCUUUAAUAAAUGGUACUUUCAAAGGUUUCAUGGAAAUCAUCUUUCAGAACAAUGAUACCACUGUUCAGAACUACCAUAUGGAUGGCUAUGCAUUUUUUGUCGUGGGUAUGGAUUUUGGAGUGUGGACAGAGAAUAGCAGAGGCACUUACAACAAAUGGGAUGGCGUUGCUCGCUGCACUACACAGGUCUUUCCGGGAGCUUGGACAGCCAUAUUGAUUUCUCUUGAUAGCGCCGGCAUUUGGAACCUUCGUGCAGAGAAUCUGGACUCACGGUAUCUAGGCCAAGAACUUUAUGUCAGCGUUGUUAAUCCUGAGAGUGAUGGAUCUGAAGCUGGUUUGCCUGAUAAUGCCAUUUACUGUGGAGUACUUUCCUCUUUACAGAAGGACCAAGCUCAGCGAGUCAAGUUUUCCAGUUCACCUUCAAUGUCCUGUUCGAGCACAACAAUUUUGGUUCUAUUACUCGUAGCAUUUGGGGCUUUUAUUGGGUAAUCAAGAUGGAUAAGGUAGCCAAAGCAUUGUGAUUAUUGCCACUGAAAAUGGGCAGUUUGAGUAAGAUAAGAGUACUAGUAGAAUGUUAGUGGGCAAAUCCAUGUAACACUAGAACUGUAAGAUGUAUCAUGUACUGUGAUUUUACAUUGUAAACAAUGUAAAAUUAUAAUUUUAAUGCAAUUGUAUGAUUUGUAA